AUGAGGGGUUCCAGUGCCAAAGCAACAAUAACCUCGCUCCCGCCCUUCCAGCCCGACCUGUACCAACGCGCGUGGUCCUCCAUCCCACACCCAACCCUUCCCUUGAUCGCGACCGCCCACGCCAAAUCAGUCACCGUCUUCUCCCUCGUCACCUUCUCCAAGCACAGCGCGCUCACAGGGGGGCACGCCCGCUCCGUACGGACCACGGCGUGGCAGCCGCCGCGGGGCGGGGCAAGCAAUGGGCAGAGUAAAAGGAGGUUGGCGCUGGUGACGGGGAGUUUUGACGCUACCGCGGGGAUGUGGAGCUAUGAGGAAGCAGGUGGCGGUGACGAACCCGCAGGAUUGGAGAAAGAGGUGCGGUUCGAUCACGAUGGUGACCGGGGUGAGGAGGAGGAGGACACUAAAGAGUGGGAGUUCAACCUCGUGCUGGAGGGCCACGAGAACGAGGUCAAGGGCCUGGCGUUCUCACCCGGCGGGCAGUACCUCGCGACCUGCAGCCGGGACAAGUCGGUGUGGAUCUGGGAGGACGUCGGGGCGGAGGAGGGCGAUGACGAGUGGGAGACGGUCGCGGUGCUGAGCGAGCAUGACGGCGAUAUCAAGGCCGUGGCGUGGUGUCCGUCCGACCUGCCGAAUGCGCGGGCCAAGAGGAGGCAUUACAGCACGGACGUGCUCGCGAGCGCCAGCUACGAUAACACGGUCAGGAUAUGGCGGGAGGAUGCGGACGGGGAGUGGGUGUGUGUGUCGGUGCUGGAGGGUCAUGAGGGCACUGUGUGGGGGUUGCAGUGGGAGUGCAAUGCGAGGGCGGAUGGGCGGUUCCCGAGGUUGAUGACAUUCUCGGCCGACGGGACGAUCAAGCUUUGGACGUUGAGGGAGGAGGAGGAGGAAGAAGAAGAAAAGGGGGUUGAAGACGAGGGCGCGGCGAAUCCAUUCAGGUCUGGGUUCGGGGGCAUCCCAAGCACCAUGCGGCGUUCCCUCAGGGAAGAGUGGGAUUGCACGGCGGUGCUACCCAAGGUGCACACCAGGGAUGUGUACUCUGUGUCCUGGAGCGCUGACACUGGUCUGGUGGCGAGCACCGGCAGCGAUGGGGUCAUUGCGGUCUAUGCUGAGGAAGACACCACCCCGGGGAUCGACUCUGGAGCAGAGAACGGCGCAUCUGGGCCAAAGACCAACUGGCGGGUGCUGGCCACUGUCUCCAAUGCCCAUGGACCCUACGAGGUCAAUCACAUCACAUGGUGCAAGCGGUUUGAUCCCGGGGCCGAGUGCAGGGGCAAGGAGGAGAUGCUCGUCACGACGGGCGAUGAUGGCGUUGUUCGGCCGUGGCAGGUUAGGAUAUCACCGUCAUAG